UGCAGUUUAAUUAAAUAUAUAGUAAAUCUAUACCUUUUAAGUAUGAAGAUUUUAAAAACACCUGAAGACAUUAAGUACAAGUGAUUAAAAGAAAGAUAAGAGAUACAAAUCUAAAAAAAAAAAAAAAGAUCAAAUUGAAUGUUAUUUUGUUAAAAGUGUUUAAUAUUUUAAUCUGAUUCAUGGCAACAUCAACAUCAAAAGUUGGAAAGCUCAUAUUAUCAUCUAUAUCAGCUCUAUACUUUUAUUACGUGCUUUUCUGUUUCAUUCCGUUCUAUAAACUUGAAGAAGAUAAUUUGUUUUACUUGUUUUUCCCUUCACUGACCUACGUUUUCGUUGUUCCGGCUGUAUUUGGAGUAUUUUUUAUCGGAAGCUUAAUUACUUACACUUUAUAUCAAUUUAAAGAGGAUAUUGUAAGCUCCAAUUGAAGGAAAACUGUUAUUCAAUAUAACUUGUUUAUAUAAAAUGAUGGAACAAUGGAUUGUUAUUGGAAUUAGUGGAGUAACCUGUUCGGGGAAAACAACACUUGCACAGACACUUUACGACCAUUUGAAGUCUUUGACACGACAAGAGCUCAAAGCUGGCUUGGAGCUGAAUCGUGUGGAACUCAUAAAUCAAGAUUCGUAUUUUCGCGAACUUAACGAUCCAAAUCAUCAAAUUAUUGAAAAGCUCAAUCACUUUAACUGGGAAGUAAUUGAAUCAAUCGAUAUGGAUAAGAUGAUCAACGACGUAAUGCGAAUACUUGGGACCAAUUUUCAUUUGUACAAAACCCGGUCGUGCUCUUUGGCAUCAAACUCGUUGAACGAAAACAUUUUCUACCAUCAUUACAUGGAAUACUCGAAUAAUCAGCAUAUGCGAGCGGUCAGUGGAAGUGACGAACUUUUCUUAACACUCGACGAUCGCUGCAAAUUCAAGAAGCUUGUCAAGCACAAUAGUUUGUUAAACAUUUUAAUAAUCGAAGGCUUUCUUAUUUUUAAUCACCCCGUGACCUACGACUUGUGCAACAUUAAAUUUCAUCUUCAUGUUCAAUAUGAAGUUUGUUAUUCUCGUAGGAUUAAAAGAACUUACGAUCCUCCAGACGUCCCAUGCUACUUUGAAAUGGUUGUGUGGCCUUUGUAUGAGAAACAUUUGCAAGAGUUCAAAGAUCGAGAAGAAGUUACAUUUUUAAAUGGAGAUGCACCACCAGACAAAUGCUUUCAUUUUGUUUUAAAAUCUCUCAUGGAUGAGAUUUAA